CCAGAAUGAAUUCUUUUGUUCUCAAAAUCAACGGUUUUUGGCGUUUACGAUCCUAAUAACAAUCGACACACAUUUCUUUCACUCCGUACCUUAAUAAAAAUUUCAGUUACUAUUUAUUUCCAUUCUCAUAAUUUCUUCCGUGGGAAAUUUUUAUUCUCUGAGCGAGGAAAUUCUGUGAGAGCUUUUCAUGCUCGCAGAAAAAAAAUUCCUUAUAAAUUGAGAUGAAAAUCUCGAUAUCCCUUCAGUCGUUCUGUGAGCAUCGUGCGGAUAACAAACCAAAAAUAAAGGACUCUGAGUUUUAAAAGAAAUAAGUUCAAGGCGGGCAAUAAAUUUUUUUUGGAGAUAAGCAAAUCUGUUCCGUUCAUAGACAUUUGAAACCAUAAAACAACUGGAUGAAAGAGAAGAAAAAAAAUUAAAAUUAAAAGAAACAAACUUGAAAUAGUGCUCAAAAGGAUAAACUAAAUUAGUGACGUAAAAAAAGUAAUAGAAACAAAUCAAAAAGUGUAGUAGGAGAAAUAAAAAGUUAACAAUAAGACGGAGACAAUUUAUUCAUUUUUAUGUUUUUAUGAAAACAUCUUAUAAAAGAAUAUUGUAACUACAUAUUAAGUUCAGUGAGAACUAAAAACAGCAGAUUAUGUGACGAAGUGGAUGAAAUAAAAGAAAGAGAAAAAAGUUUAGGCAAAGUGUGAUAAAAAAUUGAAUGCGAGAAGGAAAAACCGACGUAGGAACAGAAAAGUUUUUACAUUUGUUUUUCGUCUCACUUACGAACUUACUUUUUUGCCAUUUGUCUUCAUACAGAAGAACAGAAAGAAGACAAGAAAACAAAAGAGGAAGGAUCCAGGUAACAUAUUGCGUGAUACUUGUCCAAAGUGAAAAAAUAUAUAAUAUAAAGCAUACAAAAACCAACAAUUUAUGAAACACUAGCUACAACUUUCCCUUUCCUCUGCAUUCAUUGUGUGAAUUGUGUACGAUUAGAUAGAAUACAAGAAGAAUAUAAAAAAAAAAAUUAUUUUGUAACUCAAUGUGUUAGCAAAUUGCCAGCAAAUGUGUUUAAAUGUUAUGAGACCCGACAAUAUCAUCAAACUCAUCAACAUUAUCGUCAUCAUCAUAAAAUGCGUUCACUAACGUACUGAAAAAGGAUAUUAGAAAUUAAAUCAGAGUCAUUCUCAUAGAAAAAACCACGCACGCACGUAGAAAGAUAAGAGUUUUUUGUGUCGGAUAUAAAACAAAGUGGAAGAAGAACAGAACGAGGCAGAGAAAGAAGAAAAAAAAUUUUUGUCCUGACACUUUUUUCAAAUUAUGCUCACAGAUUGUGGCAACAAUGUCACAUGGCACAAUUUGAAUAAAGCUACAGUAAAAUUAAACAAUGGUUACAUUCACUUACCGCCGAGUGCUGAAUCAAUAAUAAUGGAUUAUGAAUCAUCAUCAGAUGCUGCCUUAUUGGAACAAGAACAACAGCAGCAGACACUCAAUCGUGAUACAUCAACAAUAUUACUACUGGAUGUAAAUCAACAGCAGCCGCAACCACAUUCCAACAUCAUAAAUAAUCCGACAGCAACGACAGCAUCGCCAGUAAAUGCAAAUCUCACAAGUCCGCAACAUGCCACUGCUACGUCGCUUCGAAAUUCCAUAUCGCCAAUAUCAACAUCACCCACAAAUACAACAAAUAAAUCACAAGUCGUCGUCAAUUUGGAUUAUCCCAAUUCCAUGCAAACUAUAACAACAUUACAGCGUAAUAAUGUAAAGAAUAGUAGCACAAAUAGUAAUCGUUCACAAACGAAUGCGAUCAGUACAAGUAGUAAUGUGCCGUCAUCAUCAAUUGGUAACAGUAUAAAAGCGGGUGAUAAUUGCAAAAUAUUUAAAGCUAAUAACAAUAGGACAUAUAAAUUUAAUUUAUUGAAAUUAUCAUCAUCGACUCGUAUCGAGCGUAGCACGAGAAUUCGGUUGCUCAUCGUUGCCAUCUGUUUGAUUAUUUUUGGAAUUGCAAUUGGCGCAUUUAUCGUACAUAUGAGUGGAAUUUAUCCCUGCAAUCCCGAUAGAAUAGAGAAACAGAAACCAAACAUUUGUUUAACUGAAGAAUGCGUCAGAACUGCCUCAUCGCUUUUAGCAGCUAUGGAUCAGUCACAUGAUCCUUGUACAGACUUUUUUAAUUAUGCAUGUGGAACAUGGAACAAAAAACAUGUGAUACCCGAGGAUCGUUCAAGUAUUAGUACUUUUGAAGUAUUAGCAGAUCAGCAACAGGUUAUAUUGAAAGGACUUCUUGAGGAAUCAAUUGACAAUAAAGAUAAUGAAGCUACGAUUAAGGCAAAAACCUUUUAUAAAAGCUGUAUGGAUCUACAUGAGAUUCGUAAGAUUGGGGAUCAACCACUUAGAGAUAUACUUAAGAAAUUAGGCGGUUGGCCAGUGAUUGAACCGAAUUGGAAACCACCGAACAUGAGUAUUGAGCUACUCAUGGGAAAAUUACGCGGUGAAUAUAGUGAACCAGUAUUAAUAGAGCUUUAUGUUGGAGCUGAUGAUAAAAAUUCUUCCAUCAAUAUUCUUCAACUGGAUCAGCUAGUUUUGGCAUUGCCAAGUCGAGAUUACUAUUUAAAAACAAGCAGUGAAGGUGACUUGAAAGCUUACCAUCGUUACAUGACACAAACUGCUAUACUACUGGGAGCAAAUGCAGAAAGUGCAGCGAAAGAAUUGGAACAUGUCGUAAUGUUUGAGAAGAAAUUAGCAAAUGCGUCACUCCCCGAAGUAGAUAGACAUGAUACAUCAGCAAUUUAUCGCAAAUUAACUAUGGCCGAAUUGCAACGAGAAAUCCCACAAUUAAAUUGGCGUGAUUAUUUGCAAGCAACACUCGGCGAUGUUGAUUUAAAUGCUAAUGAAGAGGUUGUGAGCUAUGCCAUGUCAUAUCUUAUUCAGAUGGGAAAAAUUUUAAAUACAACAGAUCGUCGAAUUAUUCAUAAUUACAUGAUGUGGAGACUGGUAAUGUCUAUUAUGACUCAUAUGAUCGAUGACUAUCAGAGGGAACGUGUCGAAUUUAGGAAAAUUUUAUUAGGCAUUCAAUCGGAAAGGCAUAGAUGGUCGCAAUGCGUAGAAUGGACUAACAAGAAACUUGGUAUGGCUGUGGGUGCGCUUUUCAUUCGCGAUAACUUUAAUCACGAAAGUAAAGAAGUCGCAUUAAAAAUGAUACAUACAAUAAGAGAAGCGUUUAAUGAGCUUCUCGCAGACAUUCAUUGGAUGGACGAUGAGACAAGAGCGGUGGCAAAGGAGAAAGCAGAUGCGAUGAAUGAGAGGAUAGGAUAUCCUGAAAUUCUGACAAAUCGGACGGAAUUAAAGAAAGAAUAUGUUAAUCUUACCAUUGAAGACAAUCAUUUUAUGAAUAAUAUCUUUUACAUUCUAAAAUGGGAUGCUCAGAGGAAUUUAAAUUUACUUCGAAAGCCUGUGGAUAAAGAGAAAUGGUCAACAGAGCCAGCUGUAGUUAAUGCUUUUUAUAAUCCCAAUAAAAAUGAUAUCGUUUUUCCUGCUGGAAUUCUACAGCCAUUGUUUUAUAGCCAGAAUUUUCCAAAGUCCCUCAACUAUGGUGGAAUUGGUGUCGUUAUUGGUCACGAAAUUACACAUGGAUUUGAUGAUAAGGGUCGACAAUUUGAUAAGGAUGGAAACAUGAUGCAAUGGUGGAAUAAUGCAACAAUUAAGAACUUUCGUGAACGUGCUCAGUGUAUCAUUGAUCAAUAUUCAAGGUAUCGCAUCGAUGAAGUUGGCUUGUACAUGAAUGGAAGAAUGACACAAGGAGAAAAUAUUGCCGAUAAUGGUGGCUUAAAGCAGAGUUUUCGAGCAUAUAAAAAAUGGGUUGCAAUGUAUGGCGAAGAGCCACGAUUGCCGGGUCUAAAUCUUACACACGAUCAACUUUUCUUUCUCAAUUACGCUCAAAUCUGGUGCGGCUCAAUGAGACCAGAGGAUGCAUUAACAAAAAUCCGCAGUUCUGUUCAUUCGCCUGGAAUAAUACGCGUUAUUGGACCACUCUCAAAUUCGAAGGAUUUUGCUGCUGCUUACAACUGCCCAGUUGGAAGUAAAAUGAAUCCCACAAACAAAUGUAGUGUUUGGUAAAUAAAAAUAGCACUAGAUUAAAUCAAAUGGAUGCGGACACAAAAAAAAAGAUUAAAAGGAAAAACUACAUUUAAUAUAAAUUUUAUAUGAUCACACACAGACACAAAUUUAUUUAGCUAAAAUAAUAUUUUCUAAAUGUACAAAACAAGAAGAAUAAAUUGAAGGAAAUUGUAAAUAAUUUAAUAUCAAAAAGAUAUAUAUGAAAAAAUUUCAUCCAUAUCAUUCAAAGAGAAUAUAAUUCACAAUUUAGAAUUUCUACUAAUGGAAUUUUUGCUGUAAUAAAAAAUUAUUAUUAUAUAUAUGAAAAAAUUUUAUUUACUUACAUAUUUUAAAGGAAGUAAAAAAAUGAGAGAUGGAAAUGAUGAAGUAAAAAACAAAAUAUUAU